UAAAAGCAGGGACGAUCCCUUCUUCCACAUUUCGAGCAUUGUCGUGCUGCGCGGCUAUAACUCAACUCGAAGGCUGCGCCACCCCCUCACUGAUCCACACUCCAUCUUCCACGAACUGGCAAAGAAUAUCAAUGGCUUACAGACGUUGCCUCUUGAUAAGAGGGAACCUUGUAGAUCGGAGGUGCUAUCCGUCUUUCAGUUAUGUUCUUCAUAGUGAUGAAGGGAAACGUGAACACCCUGAUGAAAAACCAUCUUCAGCAGGCAUUACUAAUUUUGCCCAAAUAAGGUCCUUUGGAAGCUCUCUUAAUGGAUCAAUGGGAUUCUUUGCUCCUUCUCAAGAUAGAUUCCUUUCUCCAUGCACUGGAUAUAACUUCUGCAGAUAUAUGUCGACGGUGAAUCAGGGUUCAGAUAAGAUCGAUAUAAUGACUGAUGUAGCUGAUGUCCUCACUGACACAACCAUGGAGACUGUAGCAUCUCAGGCUCCUGUUGUUGAUGAAGUUGCACUUGCCGCUGCUGAUUCCUUUUUGCCUGUAAAGGCCUUGCAGUAUGUGAUAGAUGCUGUGCAUUCUUACACUGGCUUAAAUUGGUGGGCAGCCAUAGUUAUAACAACCCUCUUGAUUCGAAGUGCAACAUUUCCACUCUUAAUAAAUCAACUUAAGGCCACUUCUAAGCUAACCUUAAUGAGGCCUCGCUUGGAAGAAAUAAAGCAAGAAAUGGAAGGGAAGACUAUGGAUCCCAUUGCUGUUGCUGAAGGUCAGAAGAAGAUGAAGAAGCUAUUUAAGGAAUAUGGUGUGAGUCCUUUUACACCAAUGAAAGGACUCUUUAUUCAAGGUCCAGUUUUUAUAAGUUUUUUUCUUGCGGUAACAAACAUGGCUGAAAAAGUGCCAUCAUUCAAGCACGGUGGAGCUUCAUGGUUUACUGAUCUCACAACACCAGAUGCCUUGUACAUUUUUCCAGUCUUGGCUGCAUUGUCAUUCUUAAUAACAGUAGAAUGUAACAUGCAAGAAGGGAUGGAAGGAAAUCCUGCGGCUGGCACCAUGAAAAAUAUCUCUAGGGGUCUUGCUGUUCUCACAGUUCCUUUCACAAUGGGAUUCCCUAAGGCUAUAUUCUGUUACUGGGUUACAUCAAAUUUGUUUUCACUUGUGUACGGACUCGGUAAGGCCCUUGACAUUUUUCAUUUGCAAUAUUACUUUGUCUUUACCAAUUUUCACUGCUUCAGUAUGCUUAAAGUUCCUGGUGUUAAGAAAACUUUGGGGGUUCCUGAAAUAACUGCUGCUGCACCAUCCACUAGUCCUCCUCAAUCACCCUUUUCCAUAUUUCCAGCACUAAAACAAGCCACAUCAGUGAAAAAUGGGCCAAGCAAAAUACCAGAGGAACCAUCAAGACAUUCAGAUAAAAAGAUAUCUUCGUCUUCUGUUAUUAGUCAAAGGCUUAGAAGUUUAGAGAAACAAGUCAAAGGAAGAAAGAAAAACAAGAAGGGAGGAAAGUUUACUGAUUCCUAAAUUAUGCCAUCGAAACGUACUGAUGUGCUCAAAUUUGUUAUAUUUUAUAAUCCUCGGAUGAGAGGAAAAUUAGGAAAGUAGGAAUAAGAUUUUUCCCAAAGUAUUUGUGAU